AAGAUACUUGAUAGUAUAGGGUCCACGAGCGUAACAUAAUAACGGUCUCGCGUGUGUAGGAGACCGCGAAACACUGAAUCAGAUCCAUCCAGCGUCGGUGGUUAACUUAACACCGUCUCCACCGCCGCACGCCGUCGCACAUUCCGAUUCCGACUGGGAUUCAGCAUGUUCAAAUUCCUGAAAGAGGUUGUUGGUGGAUCCGGAACCGGCCUCAAGGAUCUCCCUUAUACCAUCGCCGAACCUUACCCUUCCGCUUGGGGCUCUUGGACUCAUUCUCGCGCCACCUCCAAGGACGAUAGUUCUCCGGUCUCCGUUUUCUCUCUUUCCGGCUCCAAUGCUCAGGACGGACACUUAGCCGCCGCGCGCAACGGCGUUAAGCGUCUUCGAACGGUUAGGCAUCCGAAUAUCUUGUCGUUUCUUCACAGUGCGGAGAUUGAAACUUACGAUGCUGGUUCUCCUAAGGUGACAAUCUACAUUGUGACCGAGCCUGUGAUGCCGUUAUCUGAGAAGAUCAAGGAGUUAGGUCUUGAAGGUACUCAAAGGGAUGAAUAUUAUGCUUGGGGUCUUCAUCAAAUAGCUAAAGCCGUGAGCUUCUUAAAUAGUGAUUGUAAACUUGUUCAUGGUAAUAUUUGCUUGGCUAGUGUUGUUGUGACACCAACAUUGGAUUGGAAGCUCCAUGCUUUUGACGUUCUAUCGGAGCUUGAUGGGAGUAACGAAACUUCUUCUGGCCAAAUGCUGCAAUAUGCAUGGCUUGUUGGAUCACAAUACAAACCAAUGGAGUUGGCGAAAUCUGACUGGGAUGUAAUUAAGAAGUCUCCUCCAUGGGCAAUUGAUUCUUGGGGCAUGGGUUGCCUAAUCUAUGAGGUAUUCUCUGGUCUGAGGUUGGGCAAAACAGAGGAGUUACGCAACACUGCUUCCAUUCCCAAGUCUCUGCUUCCAGAUUACCAACGGCUAUUGAGUUCCAUGCCUUCUCGUAGAUUAAAUACAUCAAAGCUUAUAGAAAACAGUGAAUAUUUUCAAAAUAAGUUGGUAGACACAAUACAUUUCAUGGAAAUUCUGAGUUUGAAAGAUAGUGUUGAGAAAGACACCUUUUUCCGUAAGCUUCCAAAUUUAGCUGAGCAACUUCCUCGCCAGAUCGUGUUGAAGAAGUUACUUCCUUUAUUAGCUUCUGCCCUUGAAUUUGGUUCAGCUGCUGCCCCAGCUUUGGCUGCAUUGCUGAAAAUGGGUUCCUGGCUUUCAGCGGAGGAGUUUAAUAUCAAGGUGGUUCCAACAAUUAUAAAACUCUUUGCGUCCAAUGACCGAGCUAUUCGAGUCAGCCUUCUUCAGCAUAUUGAUCAGUAUGGAGAGUCAUUAUCUGCACAAGCUGUUGAUGAGCAAGUUUACCCUCAUGUUGCUACCGGGUUCUCCGAUACAUCUGCUUUUUUGAGAGAAAUGACUCUCAAGUCAAUGCUAAUUUUGGCUCCGAAGCUGUCUCAAAGGACCAUUUCAGGGUCGUUACUGAAGUAUCUGUCAAAGUUACAGGUUGAUGAAGAACCAGCAAUUCGAACAAAUACUACCAUCAUAUUAGGCAAUAUUGGAAGUUACUUAAAUGAAGGAACAAGAAAAAGAGUUUUGAUUAAUGCAUUUACAGUCCGUGCCUUACGUGAUACUUUUCCACCUGCUAGAGGAGCAGGCAUUAUGGCUUUAUGCGCCACCAGUUCCUACUAUGACAUCACCGAAGUUGCUACCCGGAUUCUUCCUAAUGUUGUUGUGCUCACAAUUGAUCCUGACAGUGACGUUAGAACUAAAGCAUUUCAAGCUGUUGAUCAGUUUUUGCUGAUAGCAAAGCAAUAUUAUGAAAAGACAAAUGCAAGAGAUACUGCUGGGGGUGCAAGUGUCGGAAUCUCAUUGACUCCAGGAAAUGCAAGUUUACUUGGAUGGGCUAUGAGCUCCUUGACCUUGAAGGGUAAACCUUCUGAUCAUGCUCCAAUUGGUUCUGGGAAUUCUACUGUAAUCACUCCAACGUCUUCUAAUGGAAACUCAGAAAUGGAGACACCAUCAUCAGUACCAGUCCGUGUAAGCUCUACAGCAGAUUUUGCUGAAGACCCUGUCCCUACAUCUCCUACUACAUCAACUGAUGGCUGGGGUGAACUUGAGAAUGGGAUCCAUGAAGAGCAUGAGUGGGAUGAUUUGGAACCACUUGAAGAGACAAAGCCAACUCCAGCUCUUGCAAACAUUCAAGCAGCUCAAAGGCGGCCAGUUUCUCAACCUAUCUCACAGACAAAACAAGCCUCAAAUUUGCUGUCGAAAAGUACACCAAAAUUGAGCAAGGAUGAGGAUGAUGAUUUGUGGGGAUCUAUAGCAGCUCCUGCCCCAAAAACAUCAAGACCUUUAAAUUUGAAAUCAGCUAGAACGGAUGAUGAUGAUCCCUGGGCUGCCAUUGCUGCUCCUGCACCCACUACUAAAGCCAAGCCCUUAUCAGCUGGCAGAGGUAGGGGAGCUAAACCUGCUGCUCCAAAAUUAGGGGCUCAAAGGAUAAACCGGACAUCAUCAUCAGGUAUCUAAUUCAAGUUGUCAAAGAACAAAUGGAAUGAGAAAAGAGUUAAUCUGCAAGUUGCCCUUUUCUUCUGGUGGCUGUGAUCAUGUUAGAAUACAAAAAACCGAAUGUGAACAUUUGUGAUUAUAUUGACUUAUUUGAUUUGUAAUACUAUUCUUUUGUGUCUAGAAUGUUACUUGAAGGGAAAUCUUUUUGGCAGUAUCUUGUGAAUUGUUGUAAGGUAACAAGGUUAUGCUUAUUU